AUGGUAUGUUUAGAUGCAUCGCUACUCUUCCUACUUGUCAAACGACAUCCAUUCUCGUGGAGUGAUAAGACGUUCAGCUACUUUUCUCUAGCUCGAGGUGUGCUGUUCUCAGCCGGAAUGAUACUCUAUCCUCUUCUUCUAACCUUGGUUCAUUGGUUGGGCAAGGAUAGUUUGAUGAUCUUGAUUGGCAUCAGUGCAUCGGCAGCAUCGUUCUUCGUAAUUUCGCAAGCUAACACAACCCUGGAAAUCUUCUUGACCUCUGCAUUUGGCAUUCUGUGUGGUGGUAUUCCUCCUGGUUACCGUUCAUUUUUACCUCGUAUGGUUCCUAAAGAGCAAACAGCGCGACUGUUAACGGUAUGCUCGAUAAUUAUGGCAUUUUGCCCAAUGAUCUCGACUCUGAUCUUCAAUUCGAUUUAUAAUGCGACGAUAGAAUGGUGGCCAGGAUUUGCCUUUUUCGUUGGGGGUAUCCUUCAAGUGAUCGUCGUUGUUGGACAAGGAGGUAUACAUAUUCUGAUGCGUCCACAAUGGCUCCUCGAAAAGAGAUUGAAAACACAGAUGCAGUCGAGCACAGUGGUACCAGUAGGAGAUGAUGUGGAGAAUAAU